AUGACAGAACAAAAGAGUGAAGGGAUCUAUACUUAUUGCAUCGAAUACGCCAAGACAACACAAUCCCGAUGUGCAGCAUGUAAAAAGGGCAUUUCUGUUAAAUCUCUUCGUGCGGCCGAGAUCUUUAGAAAAAGUCCUAAAGAAAAAAAGAAUCUUGCUAGACAUACCUGGUAUCACUUCAAGUGCUUUAAAGUACCUACAUUGCUCACACAGAUACCUAUUGAACAAUUUAGAGGAUAUCCUACUCUGAAGGAAAAGGACAAGGCUCGUGUACAAAAACUCAUCAAACAUGGUAAAGGUGCAACUUGGGCAGCUAUUGUAGAAAAAGAAAAGGCAGAAGAAGGAGAAGAAGAAGCUGUGACCAAGAAAAAAGAAACGAUCGAUGAAAAUAUAGAUAUAACAGAAAAGUUAACGGGCAUACAAGAAAAGACUGAAAAGAACAAGAUAGAAGAGAAAAAGACUGAAAAGAAAAAGGUGGAAAAGAAAAAUGAUAAAAAGCUGAAAGCAAAGACAGAAGAAAAGAAUAAAGUAAACAAGAAAAAGAAACCUGCUACAACGGAAGUAGCACAUAAACCAAAGAAGGUGGUACUUCCUACAGAGGAUCAAAUCGAAUUAGAGACUAUCGCAAAGGAAUUCCAAGCACUGAAAAAAUAAAAAAUAAAGAUGUAUUUACACGUUUAUUAAAGGCUUCUUAUUUACGACGAACAAUUUCCCAACCAUCUUCAUCCACUGUGGGCUGUUCUGGGGCUGCCUCCUCCAUCUCUUGAUCUCCCUCAGCAUCUUGUUCAUCCUAUAUUUAGGUCAAUACACGAAAACAUGUUUGGCAAUACUAUACUGUACAUCAUUUUCAUCGCCAUCCACCUCAUCAUCGCUUUCUUGUUUUACACAGUUGGAA